UGUAUCACCGCCGAUGUACGUCCGAGAGCCAACUUUUCAACAAGUAGGACUCACUGACAUAUUCGCAGGGUUAAAUAGGCCUGCUGGGAAAACUUCAAACGGAUGUGGAAUCCCUUUACCAAUACAUAACGAUGUAGUGAGGAUUUUAUUCUGAUAAAUGAUGCAUUUUACAAUAAAAAUACCGAUGUAUGCAACAGUUGGAGUUUAAUAGUAAGACACUAUGAGUAAACGUUGGAUACAUAUGAGUAAAGGGAAGGAGGGAAGCAGCCUCAAGAAACUAGCGGCCGGAUCCCUGACCUUCGUGAAAGCAUACUCCAAUGGUCAAGCAAAUUCGGCCAUAGAUGUCCUAGAGCAGGAACUGGAGACAGAAAUAGAAAGGGAUCGUCAGAAUGUCCCCGACACUGCUUUAGCCAGAUUACGUCAUAAAGGUGGAAAAAUACUUCAUGGAAAGCACAUGCUGUUUCUGGUAGUGGUGCUGAACAUUAUAGAUUGCGCCCUCGUGCUAGGCGAGCUCGUGCUGGAUCUACAUCAUGUGAAAGAUAUAAUGUCCCAUUCUCAGAAAACGUCUUCGGUGUUCCUUCAUAGAUUGCAGGACAACUAUCCCAACCACGUCAUGCAUACUGAUAUUCAUGAUUUAAGCAAGAUCUACCAGCAAAUACUGAGAGCAAAGAUAGAUUGGAACGUAGUUGACACUGCAAACGCCUCUUCCACUGUUCCCCCGUAUACGGACGUCACUACUACCCAUGUUGGACCAAACGGAACUCGGGAUAGCACAGCCCAAAACGACUCUUUACCAUUUGAUACAAGCCAAACGCACAGUCGUGUAAAAAGAAGUGCCGGUGGAAGCUCUUCCUGUGAUUUUCCCUUUUCCGGUUCCGGUCUCACACAUUCCACCAGUAUUGAGGAGCGAGUGGCUAAUGGGCUACAUAAAACUGGUCUCUCUAUUGUUUGUGUGCUUCUCGUGGAAACCCUCCUGAAAAUAUUCUGUUUCGGAAAACAGUUCUUUGAACAUAAACUUGAAGUAUUUGAUGCUUUUGUUGUGUUGAUGUCUUUAAUUGUCGACCUGGUAUUCCUGGAAGGCCUGUCAGGAUAUUCCCUAAAGGACUUCGUUUACAUCCUGGCCUUCAUAUUACCUUGGGGCGUCAUUCGUGUUGUCAACAGUUUAGUUGUAGUCGUCCGAGAUCACGAACACUUCCGGUUGAAGUUGCUGUACACUCAGAAGAAGAAAGUCGACAGCGAUAAUAAACAUCUUCGACAAGAAAAGGAAAAACUAAGUGACCAGGUUGACUCGUUGAGAAGACUCUGUUUAGGCGAGGGCGUGGACGAUUUCCGAAUACAGCAGAGUAUGACACGGUCCAGUUCGCGUCCAGGGAAAGGCAUCAUGGGAUCUUUCGCCAGUUUGGCCAUGGGUGCAAUAGGAGGCGGGAAAUCUAACGGCACAAGUUUCUGGAACCUUCUUAACACCCCAAAACUGAAAAGGGGUAAAUCAGAGGAGUGGGAGGGAAAACUAGGCGUGUCCAAAUUGGACAGUCAGUCAAUGCGGUUCAACGAACGGUUAUGGACCGUGUCUGGGGUACCAGAUAUGAAAAAGCCUAAGAAAUCUCAAUCCUUGACGCAACAGGGAACAAUCGAAAGCGAACCCGGAACCCCACCCACCAUACGGGGUCGACUAAAGGCACUAAAGCGAUUGCUGAAGCGCCAGGAAACGGUCGACUCCUACUCUUCUACGGAAACUAUAGACAAAAAUUCUCGCUUUUCAUUGGACAGACUGUCGUCCUCGGAUAAUAUCACACCAUUGCAGAGCGUUGAUAUUGAAAGUGUGACUGAUAUGGAAACGGGAGAUGAAACUGCUCAAAGAAUAUCCCUGUCGCCAUAUGAUGUGAUAAAUGAGUGUAUAGAGGAUAAAUUAGAGGAAAGUUCUAGUGUCGUGAACAUUGGAUCGGGGGGCAUGGUUCAAGAACCCUCGUCCCUGACCAAUAUCAUCGUGACCACGUGUAGUACGGACGAUUGUGAUAGUCUCACUUUCUCCACUGGAGGUAGCAAAAAUUCCUUAAAAAAUCGGACGUUCGAUGGACGGACGAUGGAAAUAGCUGUAGAUAUUGAACACAGUGACAGUGAAAUAGUACCCAUGCUGCAUCACGAACCGGAAGUAUCACCUGCUGUCCCCAUAUUGUCCUCUCCCUCCCUACCGUCAAAUCAUAAACAAAUAGGGUUACCCUAUCCGGAAGCGGAUGUUACACACAACAGUUGUAGUACGCAUGUGGGACAUUUACCUAAUCUGAACUGUGGACAUCAUAGCCAUUCUUACAAUUGCAUAUCAAGCACAACACAGCACAAAAAAAGUGACGUACCACACACCAAUAACACAGGCAAGAACGUUAUGUUACCUGUAUUAAGGAACCAUUCUAUGCCGUCGACCUCUGGUGAGACAGGGUCACAUUCAAAUAUUGCUAUGCAACCACAUCCAGUAAAACCUUGUUCAUCGCACCCUGAUAUGACACCUUCACCGAAAACUACAAUAAAUCCUACAACGCCACAAUACCUUUUGAAUUCACAAAAUGUUUCUCAUUAUUCAAAAGGAAAUUCACUGAAUCCCUCGAAGAGAACGCAUCUUCCAAAAACGGCAGUGUCUAUGAACAGGGCAUACCUGCCGAAUAUAGAUUUCCAAACCAAUCAGAUAGCUAACACCGGAAGGGCAAUCAAUCCGACAACAGAUACAAAUAUAGAUCAUCUUCCGACCAAAAGUCAAGUCUCAGACAACACCCCUUUAGCAGACACCAUAAACUCAGCGAGCAGAAUUCCUUCAUCAGCCGACAGAUCACCUUCUCCGAGCAAUAACGUACCGGAAACGUCUAACAGGAGCGGGACACAUCCGCCAAACAUAAACUUUGCAACAAGCAAUGAAACUUUACAGCAUACAGAUAACAAAUCUUCACCAUUCUCAACCAUACCUUCGUCAUUUAAUUCAAACAUACUUCCACUAGAUUCCAAUAAAACAUCACAACCAAGUGAAAAAAGAGCUUCGUCAUAUUUACUUAACACAAGCAGAACACCUUCACCGUUACAAAACAGGAGAACACGCUCACCUGAUGCAGUAUAUAGGAAUUCUUCCUCGUCGCGCAGUCCCUCAGUGCACCGCUCUCCGAGUCCCUCUGGUUUUGUUAGUAUACAUACAUCGAACAGUGACAUCACGUCCGGUUUCCGGCCAAUACAGAUACCAGAAACACACUUAGACUGUCCAUUUUUCCUACCAAAACAUUUAAAACCGGAAUCACCAACAAAUUUAAACAUCCAACAAAAUUCUAGUGAAAUCCCUCGUCACCCUCCGCAGAAUUUUAGUGACAGCCCUGGUCACGUGCAGGGUAAUUCUAGUGACAGCCCUGAUCACACCCAGCAAGAUUUUAGUGACAACCCUGGUAACAUGCAGUUGAAUUCUAGUGACAGCCCUGGUCACGCGCAGGGUAAUUCUAGUGACAGCCCUGGUCACACCCAGCAGGGUUUUAGUGACAGCGCUAGUUACACUCAGCAAAGUAUCAGUGACAGUCCUGUUCACAUCCAGGAGAACUCUAGUAACAGUCCGGAUCACUAUCAGCAGAAUUUAAGUGACAGCCCCGGUUCUGACAAGGAAAGGCAAGGGCCUAUGUCCUAUUUAGUAGACACACAGUGUCCGGACAAACUUGCUCUACAAAACAGAAACAAUUUCCAUCAUUACCCUUCGAGGAAGACGCAGGGGGGUAACCACGCGUUCAACGGCCCGACACAGAUGGAGUUAUCGGACGCCAUUAAGAAACGUAUAUCAGAGAUUUCUCAGAAAAGUCUGGACCAUUUCCCAACCUCCCAUGCGUCCGAUCCAGCCAUUCAAAGGCGCUCAUCUAUGCAUUAACUUAAUGCCACUCGUACAGCAAUAGGACAUGUAAGUGGAAUUCAUUCAAAUGUAAAUAGUUCAAAUGUCAAUAGCACAUUCAGAACUGAAGCUGUUUCUGUUUCCUUGUACACUGUUAUUACAUAUCAGUUGUUCCAGUAAGUAAGCACCGCUGGCGGUGUCCCAUUAGUUGUAUAUGUACGUACAAUUUAGCUUUAUUAACGGAACGACAAACUCUUUGAAAACAGUGCGCAUGUGACGUCAGUUCUAAAACAAACAUUAGCUCUAAAAACGAGCUGUUACUUUUAGUUAGAAAUUAAACAUUUUUUCUGACUCCGCUAUGAAAUGUUCUAACUGUAUGUUAUUCUCAACAGAGACCAAAAUGGCUUUAAUGCCGAUCGAAAAUUUCACGUUAAGUUUGGAUGAAAAUGCUAGCUGUAUGUACCUGCUAAAAUAUAACUUUUUACCACAUCUUUAUAAUAGCGUGUCUGAUGAAAUACACUGAACUUGUAUCGGGUAAAAAAUAAUUCCACCCUCGGGAUUUUCAAA